AUGCUGAGAAUACAGCGCCUGCUGCCUGCGCCAUUACUGGCCGCACGCGGCCUGGCGACGUCGGCGGUCGUGGGGGCGUACACUCCCCGCACAUCGUUUGGCGUCAAGCCCGGCUUUGCGUCGCACGAGCGCGCCGCUGCACGCGACCGACCUGCUCCGGCUGGCGACCGGCCGUCCCGCGACCGCCCAGCAUCGACACGACCUGCUGGCGACCGCUCCAAAGGCCCCCGCCGCGCACCGAGCGGUCGCCCGUCGUGGGCUGAGCGCAGCGCCGGCGCCACGCCCAAGACGACGUCGCAGCGCCUCGCGGCCUUCCCUCGGGGCCGUGGCGCUCGGGACGGUCGUGGAGAGGACAAGCGCGACGGAGGCAAGCCCCGCACACAGGCCCAGCGCGAGAAGCCCCAGUGGCGUGCCGACGGCCGUGGCGGCUUCAUGCCCGCCAAGCGUGCCGCCGAGGCCGCAGCCGCACCGAAAGUCAAGCCGGAGUAUCAGCAAAAGGCCAACGUCGAGCUCGCGCGCCCGCGCAAGUUUGCGUCGUUCGGCCUGCACCCCGGUCUCCUCACCGCGCUGGAGGAGCGCUUCGGUGCCAAGGGCGAGACGAUGCCGAUCCAGAGCUUGGCGCUCUCCCGGCUGAUCGACUCGGAACUGACGCGCACCAACGGCAUCAACUCGCACGCGGUCCGCGCGAUCCUCGGCGCCGAGACGGGCAGCGGCAAGACGCUCGCGUACCUCCUCCCCUUGGUCCACCACCUCAAGCAGGACGACCGGGUGCCCUCGCGCGCGCCGGGACCGGUGGCGCCGCGCGCAAUCGUCCUCCAGCCGACGCACGAGCUCACACGCCAGAGCACGGCAGUGGCGAAGGGCAUCACGCACCAGGCCAAGCUGACCGUCGUGGGCGCGAGCUCGCCCGGCGCGGUCAAGGACGCGGGCGAGGUCGACGUGCUCUUUGCUACGGGGCGGACGGCCGCGUACCUCCUCGGUAUCCCGCGUGAGGAGACGGACACGCGGGAGAAGGACGAGAGCAGGGACAAGAAGAAGGAGGACAAGGAGAUCUGGGAGAGGGAGGAGGUGGAGAAGCGGAGGAGACGGCCAGAAAACGACAAGCCCCGCAUCGACCUGUCACGCGUCGAGUGGGUCGUGAUCGACGAGGCGGACGUGCUCCUCGGCCCCGACUUUUUGCCCGAGACCGCCGCCGUGCUCGCCAAGCUACGCGCCGCGACGGUCGGCCUCAACAUCCUGCUCGUGACGGCUACGCUGCCGCCGUCGAUUCUCCGCGCGAUCGAGACGGACCCGCUGCUCUCAGCGUCAGAGUUCACAAAGCUCCUCUCGCCCGGGCUGCACAAGCUGCCCAAGGCGCUCGAGACGCGCUUCGUGCCGUGGUCGGGCGCGGGCAACCCGCUCGCCGACGUCGCGCACGAGAUCAAGCGCGGCUUUGCCGAGGAGGCGCAGGAGGCCAAGGUCGAGGCGUACGGCAUCGACAAUGCGCCCAAAUCCCGCACCAUGGCCGUCGUGUUCGCCGGCAGCGUCAGCAAGGUCAACUCGACCGUCGCCAAGCUCGAGGAGAAGGGCAUCCCGUGCCUUGCGUGGACGGGCGAGAGCGACAGCCGCGUGCCGGGGUACAAUGGCGCCGCGCUCGACAGCUUCUUGGUCUCGCACAAGCGGAGCAAGGACCCCGCGAGCGAGUCGCCCGCCGGCGCGGCAAAGGGCGCGCCGCGCGUGCUUGUCACCACGUCGCUCCUCUCCCGAGGCCUCGAUUUCUCGCCGGCCGUCACGACGUCGUAUCUCAUAGAGCCGCCGCGCAACGUGCUCGACUUUGUGCACCGCGCGGGGAGGACGGGGCGCGCCGGCCGCCCGGGGCGUGUCGUUGUGUUCGGCAUGAGCCACGCUGGACAGAGCAAGUACGCGUCCGAGCUGCGCGACGUGCUCGGCAAGGUGGAGAGCCGGCCCGCUGUCAAGCCCGGUGGACGGUCAUGGUCUGGCGCUCGCGAGGCGCGGAGCCGCGGGGGGCGCGGGGGACAGGACAAGCGCAAGAAGGCGUAG